ACAAUUUCCAAACAGUGCGUGUUCAUAAUUUUCACGCCGUAAUUAUUGACAACGCGGGAAAACAAAAUAUUCACUCACUAAAUUAGCUCAAGUAAAGCCAAGGCUAACAAUAAUGACAGAAAUGCCUUCAUCUGGACAAGAAACCUUCCAACGUCUGUCUUGUGACUACGAAAAUCUCUCUUCUCGAUUUAAGCUGCAAGAUCGCAAUUACCAGAGACAAUAUGCUCAUCUGUACUCAGAACGGUUGAUUAGUAUGAGGCCAGGCCUGGAGAAAGCAGCCAGAAGAAAAUGGGGUGAAGAUGCCCCUUUGUGCCAUCUGUACCAACUGGUCAGCGGAGAGAAACAGAUUGUGGUAGGAACUCUCUUCAAGAGUAUGGAGCUCAAACCAAGCAUCCUUAAAGAGAUCAGUGAAGAUCGAAACCUUACACCCCAGCCAGUGAGAGAAAGAUUCUUCUCUGAUUCAGACUUUCUUGUUCUAGAAGAUGAGCUUCAGAGAGUAGUCCUGACCGGUAACAUCGAUGUCCAGACAGCUAUCACAGGUACUGUGAUAGCAGUGAAAGGAUUUGAGAACGAUAAUGGCAAGUUUGAGGUAGAGGAUUCCUGCUAUGUGGAUUUACCCAGCAUUGAGGAAUUUCCACCUUUGGAUGAUGAUCGGUAUAUCAUCCUUAUGUCAGGUCUUGGCAUUGGUAGUGACCAAACGGAUCUGAUGAACCUUCAGCUCAUGGUAGAUAUCAUCACUGGUCAGCUUGGGACAGCUGACCAACAGAAGAUGUUCUCUAAGGUCGUGAGGGUCAUCAUUGCUGGUAACAGUCUCAGCGAAAGCACACAGGAUAAGGGUGUACUCACUACGGCCAAAUACCUAACCAGGAAAUCUCAAGCUGGAACUGUGGAAGGUGUGAAGACUCUGGAUCACAUACUAGUCCAACUCACUAGUUGCAUUCCAGUUGACUUAAUGGCAGGUGAUUUUGAUCCAGCUAAUUCUAGUCUUCCUCAGCAGCCGUUCCAUCGUUGUAUGUUCCCACAGUCUAGUGUCUAUUCAACAUUCAACUCAGUCACCAAUCCUUAUGAGGCUAAGAUUGCAGGAAUAAGAGUGCUUGGUUCAUCAGGGCAGAAUGUGACAGACAUCUAUCAGUUUACCACCAUGGAAGAUAGACUCUCCAUCCUAGAACAAACCUUGAAAUACGGUCACAUUGCUCCCUCAGCUCCUGAUACUUUAGCAUGCUAUCCAUUCUACGAUCAAGAUCCUUUUAUCAUCAAGGAAUGUCCAGCCAUCUACUUUGCAGGAAACCAACCAAGAUUCCAGACCAAGAAAUUGACAGGAUCCUGUGAUCAGGAGGUCCUGCUUGUGACUGUGCCUAGUUUCCAAGAGACCAAGUCCUGCGUGAUCAUCAACCUCAGAACCAUGGAUUGUCAACCACUCAUCUUCUCAGCCAACCUCUCAUCCAGCUGAACAUACAUGCAUCACAUCCUAUCUAUGCUGAUUCAAGUCUCAACGAUAUCUGCUUUCCUAGUGGGAAGUACCAAGGAAAGGGAACCAGGGGCUAGUUUAUCCAAACUAUCAUAAGUCCAAGUUCUAGACAUCUCACUGAAACUUCUUGUAAAUUAUCACAUUUCUUUGCUAUGUCCACAUGAUUAUUGAGAUUUCCUUGUGAUGGUUUUGAGAUACGGGCCCCAUCACCCUCAGAACCAGGGUCUUUCAGUCCCCGUAUAUUUCUCAGCCAACCUCGCAUUCAACUGAAAAUAUAUCAAAUCCUAUGCUGAUUCAAGUCUUAAAAAUAUUUGAAUUCCUACUGUUAACUGCUGGGGUAGAGCAAACCAGUUGCUGGUUUCUCGAAGCUGUAAUGAGUUUUUCUGCACAUCUCAUUGAGACGUAUUGUAAAUUUCUCUCCUGGAGAGUCGGUGUCUCCUGAAACUUCUUGUAAAUUAUCAUAUUUCUAUGAGAUGUCCACCAAGUUAUGACGGUUUUAAGUUAUACUGGCCCCCAGGAAGCUGCAACCUCAGUACCAGGGAUUUCAGCCUGUUGUAUCUACCGAGCCAAACCGAUCAUCCAACUGAUCAAUGUUGAUUCAUAGCACGAGAAUGCAAGAAUGGUAGUACAUGUAAUUUAUACAGCUUGAUAGGGGAAACAGACUACAUGCUCCUUAAUAUCACAACCAAGACUGUUAGCCUCCUACGUCUUCUAAGCUAACAUUUCAUCCAGCUGAAAAACCUUUCACAGACCUGUGCAUGAGAGGCCUGUCUUUAAAGGUUGAAUAUGAUAUCACUUUCAACUUUGCAGUUGCAUAACUGUGUAAAUGGGUUGUGGAAUUUAAGGUUGAUGAAGAACUUGUUUUAGAUCAUUUGGGACUGUGCAUGAGGUAGCCUAGACCCAUCUUCUGAAGGACAGGAGGUUCGCUACUUCUUGUCUCACAAUACUAGACAUUAAAACAAAGGGUUCUACAUGUAUGCGUUUGUCAGGCUACUUGAAUUUUUGUCAUUCUGGGGCUGAGAUCCAAGAGGCUAUAAGGUUCCCUAUUAAAGGCCAAGUCCUUGACUUGAACUUUUUAAGGGUCAGAUAUUUUACUUCAUGUGUAAUCUGAAUGUCUGAUUAUGGACUUAAUCAUUUUGAAAUGCAUGUCCCCGUUAUUUUUCAAGUCUCCCAGGAACCUAUUCUUUACAAGCUCUGCUUUUCUAUAGGUUCCUGCACAUUUCAGUUUGUACUUUUGUCUGGGUUUUCUUU